CACCAGAACAAUAAGACACCGUCAGUAGGUGCUCUAUUUGUUAAUAAUAACAUGGCGUAACCUUUCCUUAUGUGACCCACUUGUUACUUGUCAUCCAGUAUAUAAACAGAUCUGACAGUUGAGUCUUAAAAUUUUACCAACACUUUUACUCGUUUGCUUAGAGAUUUUUUUUUCUGAGUGGAAAUGAGACUGCUUGUGUUUGCUUGUCUGUGUUACUUAGCAAUUGCUUUUCCUAACGGAGCGCCUGACAUUGCCUGUAAAGAAAUGAUUCCAGGUCACCUUCCAACAGAAACAUCUGGAGAAAACCCCUUCAAGCUGAAAAUAUCUGCCACGUCUUACAAACCAGGAGAUGAAAUUUCGGGGGAGCUUUAUUCUGCAGACAACAUGACGUUCAAAGGAUUUCUGAUAGAAGUAGGAUCAGCGCAAGAAGUAUCGCAAAAAGAGGAAGGUGUAGGGGAAUUUAUAAGCUUAGACGCCACUCUACAGAAACAUGUUUGUGGAAAGGCUGGACUUACUCACAUUAGUAAUAAGGACAAACAGCUCAUAAAAUUUACAUGGAAGGCACCGAGUACGUCUGCUGGUGAUUUGUCAUUCAGGGCUACUGUGGUACAGCAAUUCUUUCCAAGUAAAUACUGGUUGGGAGCCUUUUCUGAAAGGAUCAAGGCCGCAUGAGUUUAACGCGUGUUUUCUUAUAAAAUCACCAUUCUAAACCAUUAUUUGUCCAACCUAGUUGCGUGACAUAGAUAUUAUGAACACGAAGACAAGUGCUUUGUUGUCCUUAAGACAUAUUUAUUAUCAUGUUUUAUUGUAAACAGUUCAUAGCCUAUUAUAAAUCCGAUUCUCUUUUGAUCUUGGGACAGAAGAUAUAACAUUGUGUAUCUUUAAACUUUUUUGAGUUUUAAGGUGAUAUCUUCCAAUAUUUGCAAGUAUCGAUUAAUGAUAUCAGUUUGUAAUAAAACAGGUUGUAUUUUAGUUUCUGUCAGAACUCUAGUGCUUCCUGAGUACCUUUUUAUUACCUUUCUUUGAAGUUAAGCUAGUUGGCCACAAAAUUUUGGAAAGAUAUUGGGCGAUCAAAGACCGAUCCUGUCAGACGCCAAGUGUGAGCUAUGAUGCUGUCCUAGUCAACAAGCCCGUGGCAGUCCGUGCCGGCACCAUAAUCUUAAAGCUUGCUGUCCAAAUAUAGAGUGAAAAAAAAUCAGUACCUUUGUUUGAUUUCUCAUAGUUUGACAUAUAACGUAUACAUCUUACAUAUAUGCAAUAAGAAAGUAAAUGAAAAACGGAUAACCGUUGUAUUACAUUAAGUUCAAAUACGAAUUUUGACUGACCAGGAUGAACACCCAUUUUUAGUAAUUUUUGCAAUCUUGUCGUUUACUCCCUCAUUGCCCACCUUGACCAAUUGUUUUAUUAAGCUUUGCAAUGUCGUCAUCUACCCCCUCAUUGCCCAUUUAACCACUUGUUUUUGUAAAAUUUUGCAAUGUCGUCAUCUACUCCCUCAUUGCGCACUUUGGUCAGUUGUUUUAGUAAACCUUGCAAUAUCGUAAUCUACUCUCUCAUUGUCCAUUUUGGACAAUUGUCUUAGUAAACUUUGCAAUGUCUUCAGCUACUCCCAAAUUGCCAAUUUUGACCAGUUGUUUUGGUGAACUUUGCAAUGUCGUCAACUACUCUCUUAUUGUUUAUUUUGACCAAUUGUUUAGUAAGCUUUGCAAUGUUGUCAUCUACUCCCUCAUUUUCCACUUUGAUCAAUUGUUUUACUAAACUUUGCCAUGUCGUCAUCUACUUUCUCGUUACCCAUUUUGACCAGUUGUUUGAGUAAACUUUGAAAUGUCGUCAUCUACUCCCUCAUUGCCCACUUGGGCAAGUUUUUUGAGUAAACUUUGCAAUGUCGUCAUGUUCUCCCCCAUUACCCAUUUUAACCAAUUGUUUUAAUUAUAUUUUCCAUGUAGGCAUCUACUCUCUCACUGCCCACCAUUUGGCCAAUGUUUAAAUAAACUAUGUUAUGUCGUCAUCUAUUCUGUCUAUGCCCAUUUUGACCAGUUGUUUGAGUAAACUUUGCUAUUUCGUUCUACUCCCUCAUUGCUCACAUUGGCCAGUUGUUUUAGUAAACUGUGCAAUAUCGUCAUCUACUCCUUCAUUGCCUACUUUGACAAUUGUUUUAGUGAACUUUGCAAUGUCGUCAUAUACUCUCUUAUUGCCCAUUUUGACCAAUUGUUUGUGUAUGCUUUGCAAUCUCGUCAUCUACUCCCAUAUUGCCUACUUUGAUCAAUUGUUUUAGUGAACUUUGCAUUGUCGUCAUAUACUCUCUCAUUGCCCAUUUUGACCAAUUGUUUUAGUAAACUGCAACGUCGUCAUCUACUCCCUCAUUGUCCACUCUCACCAAUUGUUCUAGUAAACUUAUACAUGUCGUUAUCUACUGUCUCAUUGCCCACUUUGACCAGUUGUUUUAGCAAAUUUUGCAAUGUCGUCAUCUACUCCCUCAUUGCCCACUUUGGCCAGUUGUUUUAGUAAACAUUGCAAUGUCGUCAUCUACUUCCUCAUUGCCUACUUUUACCAAUUGUUUUAGUAAACUUUUCCGUGUCGUCAUCUACUCCCUUAAUGCCUACUUUUACCAAUUGUUUUAGUAAACUUUGCAAUGUCGUCAUCUACUCCCUCAUUGCACAUUUUGACCAAUUGUUUUAGUAAUCUGUAGUAACAUAACGCUAUUUACAUUUUUGAAUGCCAAAGUACAAAACUCUGUAAUGUCAUAUAUUGUGUGUACGUCGGUAACGUCGGUCAAUCAAAAUUCAUUUAUUUAUAGUUCAUUCAAAAUGAUAUGCAAUUAUGAACUUUUGAUUGACAGUUUUUCAGUACGGAAGCAGAACGAUGCACUAUCAUUUGGUAGCAUGUGCAAUGAGGGGUCAUUCUGGCCAUUCAGUUACUUAUAGUUACUAAUAUCAAGAUGACGUUAAAAAGACUUUUAGAGACUAUUCCAUUUUUACGAUGAAUUUGCGAACGGGUCGCUUUAAUAAACACUGAUAUGAAGUACUAGUGCGUCACACCUGUAUCAAUACUGAACAUAUAAAAACCGUUAGCCUACGUACGAAAAUAUAAACGCGAAAAACAGGGAAUAGAAAAUUCUAAAAUCUGGAUAAGCGUUAGAUACUGAAGAUGUUGACUACAGUGUGCGUAGCAGUGAUAGUUUGUGUUGGAGUUUCAGGUUUG